GUGACAUAAAGAAGAGAUGUACUGGAGAUAGCAGAUGAGAAAAGUUAUGUGCAUUUGAUAUUCUGAUGUUAUCCAGCUGGGAAAGAGGAUGGGAUAUACAAUCGGAUACUGGACUGCAGCACUACUAUCGACUAUUAACACCGGUGAAUUGACAAUGGCAUUUUAAAAGUUAAUUUUAAAAGCUACAGAAGCAAAUAGUUUGCGCUAUCCACGAAGGAGGCGGAACGGAAUAACAGCAUAUAUAUACGCUGCAAAAAAGAAAGAAGAAUCCAUUUAAUUGACAUCGUUUUAUUAAAAAAAAUGGGCAUUAAAUGUUUUUUUUUUAUUAAAUGUUUUUUUUUGCGUUUUGUCGUAAGGGAUUUAAACCAGUAUCCAGCGGGCUACGCAAAAUAGCUCGAUUGUCGAAGAACUGUGCAAGUUAAUGUUAACACAAAUAUUGAAUUACUUUUGUUCCGUUUUUGUUAAUAUGGCAUUCUUUAACGGACCGAGGCUAUUAGAAUGGGCGAAUUCACCUCCACACCUGCAAUUCAACAAAUAUGUGCUGAAGGGAUACCGCCCUGUAUCUUCCGCCCAGGACUGUGUCAGAAGCCUGUUCUACCUCCACAACGAGCUGGGCAACAUUUACACACAUGGAAUCCCACUGCUCUGCUUCAUGGUGCUGCUCCCCUUCUCCAUCCCCUGGUCUCAGAUCAGCAUCACCUGGCUGGCUGUGGUUCACAUACUGGCUUGCCUGUCCCCACACAUAGGCUCUGUGCUCUAUCACCUCUUCAUGAACCAUGAGGGCGGGGCGCCGGUCUACCACACCCUGCUGGCCCUCGACAUGUGCGGCAUCUGCAUGAUCAACACAUUAGGAGCACUGCAUAUUGUGUACAUCACGCUGCUAUGCUACCCCUCAAUCCGCAGCGCCGCCCUGCUGGCCUACAUCCUGCUGUCGGUCUAUGGCAUCUACUCUGCGGUGACAGCACGGGAUAGCAUGCGCCGCCUGCGCUCCUUCGUCUGGCAGGCCCUGUUCCGUUUAACGCUCUUCCUGUUGCGCCGCCUCGGUGUGGGCGUUGGUAGUCCCAGUUCACUGCGCCACUUCAUCGCCAUGGACACAUUGGCUGUGCUAGGGGGGGUCAUCAACAUCAGCCGCUUCCCUGAGCGCCUUCGCCCGGGCCUCUUCGACUACUGGCUCAACAGCCACCAGAUCAUGCACGUGUUGGUGGUAGGUGCCAUUGUGUGCUUGCACUGGGGUGUGGUCGACGACCUUGUGUGGAUCAACGGGUACCUCUGUCCAUCAGACUGACAGCGAGGGCCAAGCAUGUUCUGCCUUACGGCGGGAGAGCGAACUUGAUGAACUACAAAAGAGAAUAUUCCAUCCGUCCAUCCUUCUUCUAACUGCUUACAUUUGUCUGGGUUACAUGAGGGACUGGAGAUGCUGGAGUACACCCAGGAGGGAUGCAGGUCCAUCAUACAGCGCAAACACAAACUAUGGGUACUUCAGAGACACCACUUAACCUAACUGCAUGUUGGAUGGAAACCAAUUUGCCCAAUUUAUGUUUUAGUUUGUUAUGCACAGCCUGUCACCUGGACCAUGAUAUAUGGUUACAAAAAGGAUGGAUGGAUGGAUGGAUGGAUGAUUAUGCACAGAUACCACACCUGUGGUUGGUAACCUUUUUAAAAAAAUAAUUACACCAGCAUUUGCAGGCUAUUACAGUUUUAAUUUUUUUCUAUAGGGAAAAUGGUUCCCAAAAUCUACAGGUUCUUAUGGGCUCAUCAUCCAUCCAUCCAUUUUCAGAAACCACUUAAUCCCAACUGGGGUCACAGGGGGGACCGGAGCCUAUCUUAGGAACGAUGGGCACAGACAGGAAUCAACCCUGGGCAGUCACCAACACAUCGCAACUACAGGGCCAAUGUAGACUCACCAGUCAACCUAUCCUGCACGCUUUUGGACCGUGGGAGGAAUCCGGAGCUGCUGGCAAAAACCCACACAAACAUGAGAAGGGAGUGUGAACUCCACACAGGAUGGAGCUGGGACCGAACCCGGGACCGAACCCAGGACCUUCGCAUGGGAGGCAGCAGUGCUAACCACUGCACCAACGUGCCACCUCAGGCUCAGCAUUUCAAGUAUAAACACACUUCAACACUUUACAAAAACAGCAUAACGUUCAUGUUUUUUCCCUGCUGGAUUUGGUACAUCAUGCUGGGGAAAUGAUCCUGAAAUCAAAACCGAGUCAAAUCAGACAUACCGAGAAGAAAACAAUACGAAGCUGACAGAUCAGACACUGAGCUAUAGACUGUUGAUUGUCCUUCAUGUGUUGUCAGCAGAUAUUUUGCACUAAACUGUAUUGACAAGCAAUCACAUUAAUUGAAAUUAAUCCUUAUUUAUCUGUAUGAAUAAUGGUGGCUAUAAUUUAAUUAGUGGAAGUGGUCUUAUUUUGUUAGUGCUAUAGAGACGGAAUGAUUGUAAAAAAAAAAAACUUGUAUUGUAAUACACAAUAAGCGGCUUCAGUCUUCCACGUGGCACUUGUCUACUUUAAUUUUACUGAACGACAGUAACUCAAACCUUAAACAAGUAAUGGGACUGUGAGAUAAAUGUUUUUGGGGAACUAGCAAUAACAUUAAUGUAAGUGGUGCUAUGGUUUUCUUGCGGCUAAGCAAAAAAGACAAGCAAAAAUAUUUCUCAUCCCGUUAUUUAAAUCUCAGUAACUCCUGUCUUUGGAUAAAUUUACUUAAAUUUAUAAAUGCAGAUUUUUGGAGUAAUUACAGUUUAUCAAUUAGAUAUACAGCAUACAUAAUGACUUUAGGCUUUAACCCUUUCAGGCUCAAAUUGAGUUUUUGUUGCUAAAGGACAACCAAGACCUGCAGUGGUACUUUUGAGUAAAAAAAACUCAUAAAUUAUGUAUCUGGGGUAAUAAGGUAGUUAGUUUUUAACUGUUGCAAACAGCAACGCCUGCCUUGAGAGGGUUAAACAGACUACCUAAACAAUAUCAGGACAUUAAACUCAAGAUCGUAUAUGGCUAUCUACAGCAGUCUUUCCCAAUCUGGUCCUCGGGGAUCUGUCCAUGAUUUUGCUCCCGGGAGCUGGGAGUGAGCAAAACCGAAGUUUGGGUUGGGAAACACUGAUGUAAAGAGUCCAGUGAUUUCCUUGAGAUAGAGCCAGCCCAGAUUGAAUGGGUGAUGUGUCACAUCAGAGAAGAUGCUCUACUUGUAUGUAACAAGAAUGGUUAGUAUAGGGAUUCUUACAACAAUAGAAAUAUUAACAAGUCUAUCAUUGCUGUAAGAUUAGUAUUAUUUUUUCAUAUAAAGUUUCCACUGUGAAGGAAAAAAAACUCGAACUGAGAACUGGACAGAGACAAUUUUAUAAGAAACUAAGUUGUUAGUUUAAAAGGGCUUCAGAAUAAAAUUAUUAACAAACACAUUUUAAUGGGUUUAUGUAUCUUGCUGUAUUUAUACGUCAUCAUUGAACUUUAGUUUCGCAGUCAUGUCAUUAACUGAAGAACUUUGUGCACAACGAUGUUAUUCGUCUUUGUAACAGCAUCGUUUUGUGCUUUCUGGCUAAAAUGUCAGGUGAAAGGUAAUUAAAUGGCGCCCCCUAGUGGUCUUCUGUAUUGUGACGAUUAAAACAUACUAUGCCAAAGCAUUUUCAGAACUGAGGGAAAGCAGCAAAACAUUCCAAGCAUGUUCAGAAAUGCUAUUUUCGGAUCGUGGUUUCCGCUCUGUAUUCAGCAUGGAAGUGGAAGCUGUUCUGCAUAGUAUAUGUUUUGUCCUGGUUACAUUUUUUUUAAAAGGAUGAAAUACUGAAUUACACAAAAGUGAGAAUUACAGAAUAUAAGGAUUAAAGGGCAUAAUUAAGCUAAGGUUCUGCAUUUUCUUUCCUUUCAGAAUUGAAAUCACGUAGAAAUUAUCCAAUAGAUACUGUAAAAACAUAAACUGUUAUGUUUUAACAUUUACCUUCCUGAAGUAUGAGUUGUAAUCAUAUGGUAAUUCAGACAGUCAACGUUCUUAACCAAAAAAAUAGUCUACAUGUGGUCACCAUAGACCUUCCUGUUUAUUCUGUGUCUGCGGCAUAUCAAGCAAAUGAGGUCCAAUGUGAUACAGCAUCUCGUUAUGUUAGGGCUCAAUUAUACCAUGCCCAAAGCAGGGCUGCUCAGUCCUCUAGGUGAUAUAGGCAUCUGCCUUAGGUGCCAACUUCUGAGGGGCUUGUCUGCUGUGCCAGCACUAAACAACUAUGCGAGGCAGUGUGCCCCACUAUGUCUAUGCAUUAAAGAAACAUUUGUGAAA